GGCACGACGGGAGAGAAUAUUUUGUGGAGAAUUCAGGCGAGAGCUCUCGUCCAAGCUGUCAUGUCAACUCUCUUCGGUCACUGCUCCCGACCUUAUCUCCUCACGCCUCCACCUCCCAAAGCGCCCGCCUAACCCAAUAUAAAUCUUCUCCCAUGUCUCGCCGUCUCCCAUCUCUUUCUCCCCCACACCCAGUCCCGUUUCUUCAUGAUGUCGUCCGUAGACACUCACGAAAAAGCAAAAGUGGCUGAGAAGGCGUCCUCCAUCGACCUCGCGUCGCCUCCGGAGUACACCGAUGUCGAAGGUGGUCAGACUCGGACCUUGAAGCGGCAGCUUAAGAACAGGCAUAUUGCCAUGAUCAGUAUCGGUGGUGUCAUCGGUACUGGUCUGUUCUUGGGUACCGCUUCGGCACUGCAAGAUGGUGGUCCCAUCGGUCUGCUACUCGGCUACGCCGUAGUCGGGACUAUCUGUUACGCUGUCAUGGUCUCCCUGGGUGAGAUGGUAGCCUAUCUUCCCAUACCCGGUGGUCACAUCAAACUUGCCGAGCGUUUCGUGGAUCCCGCUUUUUCAUUCGUUAUGGGUUGGAAUUAUUGGUACAACUGGGUCAUCAUUCUCCCCGCUGAACUUAGUGCCGCUGCCGUUCUUAUCAACUACUGGAACCAAAGUGUGAACAAUGCUGCGUGGAUCACAAUAUGUCUUGUGGUCACCGUUGUCAUUAACAUGUUUGGAGCCGGAGUGUACGGCGAAUGCGAGUUUAUCUUCGCAUCUAUUAAAGUCAUCACGAUCACUGGCCUUAUCAUCCUUGGUAUUGUGCUCGACCUGGGAGGUGGUCCUAAUCACGAUCGUCUCGGUUUCCGUUACUGGAAGAACCCAGGCCCGUUCGUGCAGUUCAAUGGUAUUGCCGGCUCCAAGGGUCAGUUCCUGGGAUGGUGGGCUGUAAUGACCCAGGCCGCAUUCUCUUUUAUUGGGACUGAAAUCGUUGCCAUUGCCGCUGGUGAAGCAAAGAACCCGCGUCGUAACCUCCCCAAGGCUAUCAAGCGUGUCUACGUCCGUAUCCUCCUGUUCUACAUUGGUGGUGUCAUCAUCAUCGGAUUGCUCGUACCCUCCAACAACCCCGACCUUAACUUGCGGACUUCCGACGCCGGCAAGUCGCCAUUCGUUAUUGCCAUUAAGAAUGCAGGAAUUAAAGGCCUGCCAUCGGUUAUCAACGCUGCAUUAUUGACAUCUGCUUGGUCCGCAGCAUCCAGUGAUCUAUAUACUAGCUCUCGAGCUCUAUAUGGUCUUGCGAUGGUCGGCAAUGCGCCCAAGAUCUUCACCAUGAUCUCGCGCAAGGGUCUUCCUUACGUGUCCAUUAUUUUCUGCGCUCUCUUCUCUUGCCUCGCAUACAUGGGUAUCAAUGCUGGUUCCGGCAAGGUGUUUGGCUGGUUCGCCAACAUGACAUCCGUCGCCGGUCUGAUGACAUGGUUCGGAAUUGCCGUCACCUACAUCCGUUUCUACAAGGGCUUCAAGGCGCAAGGUUUCGAUCGCUCGAAAUUGCCUUACGCAUCUCCUUUGCAGCCUUAUGCCGCAUGGUACGCUAUGGUCUCAUGUUUGGUCAUCUGCUUCGCAAUUCUCUGGAUGGAGAGUGUUCCUCAAGGGCCACUGGGACCACGCAACAUUUAUCACGAACUAUUUGCCUCUCGUCCUCUUCCCCAUUCUGUAUGCUGGAGCUAAGUUCUGGAGAAGAACACCGGUUGUAAAACCGGAAGAAAUGGACUUCAUUUCUGGUCUCGCCGAGGUCGAAGCUGACUCUUACGAUGAGCCCCCUCCCCGUAACUGGGUAGAGAAAUUCUGGGCAUGGCUGAUGUAAUCUUGCUGAAUGCUAGAUGCUAAUGAUAUACCAUGCUUUGUAGUAACUAAUUUGUAGAUUAUCACGAUGUAACGUCCUGUCUUUUCUCUAGGUCACAUUGUUGGAUGGAAUGGAUCAGACGAACAGCAAUUGUACAAAUAGGACUUGACGUUGUGUGAUCUCCGCGUGCCAAACGUCUCGAUUUAUUUCAAGCUUCAAGUUGGAAGUUGCCAGCCUUCAAACGUCUCCUUGAGAGACCUCAAGUCCCUUAAGGUUUUUUUUGCCUUGCGGCGGACAUCUUGCAUCACGGUACCUGAUAGCGGUCCAGACGAGAAGCCCUUCCCGCGAACUUACGAGCCACGUACAAAUACUAUGUAUCUUUGGCCAGGGACGAUCAGAAUUUUCUCUCGAAGCCCCUCUCCAUCGUCAUCGCAGACCCCACGAUAUGGAUACCGCCCAUAUGUAUUCACCACGCGUAUCUCAGUAGUAUUGCUAUGCGAGGCUCUAAAUCGCUUUACAAAGACUCCCAAAGGGAUUGGAUCUCACAUAAGUUACAUGCGACCUAAUUGGGCGAAUAAGGCACAGACAAUAUU